CGACGGGCUCGCGCUGCUGAGACAGGCAGAGCACUGAGGACCGGCGGCGCGCGCUCACAGACUCCCAGUCAGCCACACACACACACUCCCCAAACAAAGAGAAGCACGCGAGGCAGCAGAGCAUCCCACCCUUUCAGCCGCGAGCGAGCUCAUUUCCAGAACCGCCCCCCCUCAUCCCUCUGAGACGCACAGAACCGGUCCGAGCCAAGGCAGAGCACACAGAACCGGCCAUGACAACCAACGGCGCCACUAACGGAACCAGCGACAUGCUGCAGAUCCAGUUCGGCCUCAUCAACUGCGGGAACAAAUACCUAACGGCGGAGACCUUCGGCUUCAAAAUCAAUGCCUCAGCCACGAGCAUGAAGAAGAAGCAGAUCUGGACUCUGGAGCAGAGUGGGGACGACUCCAGCGGGAACGUGUUCCUGCUCAAGUCACAUCUGGGCCGGUACAUCGCCGCCGAUAAGGACGGCAACGUCACCGGAGACAGUGAGACCCCAGGCCCCGAGUGCCGGUUCAUCAUCACUGCCCACGAUGACGGCCGCUGGUCCCUGCAGUCCGAACCCCACGGACGCUACCUGGGUGGCACCGAGGACCGGAUCAUCUGCUUCGCCCAGACCGCCUCUGUGGCAGAGAAAUGGAGCGUGCACAUCGCCAUGCACCCGCAGGUGAACAUCUUCAGCCUGACGCGCAAGCGGUACGCACACCUGAGCUCCAAGGUGGAUGAGAUUGCCAUCGACCGGGACGUCCCGUGGGGGGUGGACUCCAUGAUCACCCUGGUGUUCCGUGAGCAGCGGUACCACCUGCAGACCUCCGACAACCGCUUCCUGAGGAAUGACGGAGCACUGGUCGCCACGACGGACAAGAGCACGGGCUACACGCUGGAGUUCCGCUCCGGUAAGGUGGCGUUCAGGGACUGUAGCGGCAGGUACCUCGCACCGUCCGGGCCCUCCGGUACCAUGAAGUCCGGCAAGAGCGGGCGCGUUGGAAAGGAUGAGCUGUUCGUUCUGGAGCAGAGCCACCCGCAGGUCGUGCUCACCGCUGCCAACGAGAGGAACGUCUCCACCCGGCAAGGUAUGGACCUCUCAGCCAAUCAGGACGAAGAAGGCGACCAGGAAGUGUUCCAGGUGGAGAUUUGUCGCGAAAACAGGAAGUGUGCAUUCCGGACUGCAGCGGGGAAAUACUGGACCCUCACUGCGAAUGGUGGCCUGCAGUGCACCGCCUCCACCAAGUCAGCUAAUUGUUACUUUGACAUUGAGUGGCGUGGGAAAAGGCUGACUCUCCGGGCUGCUAAUGGGAAAUACGUUGCAGCCAAGAAAAACGGGCAGCUAGCAGCCACCAUCGACUCUGCCGGUGAGUCUGAGGAGUUCAUCAUGAAGCUGAUUAACCGCCCCAUCAUCGUGCUGCGCGGGGAGCACGGCUUCAUCGGCUGCAGGAAGGUGACGGGAACGCUGGACUCCAACCGCUCCUCCUACGACUACUUCACCCUGGAGUUCAGAGACGGCGCCUACAGCCUCCAAGACUCCACAGGUAAAUACUGGAUGGUGGGGAAUGAGCAGUCGGUGGUGAGCAGCAGCGACACGCCCGUCGACUUCCUCUUCGAGUUCUGCGACUACAACAAGCUGGCCAUCCGCCACGCCGCCGACAACAAGUACCUCCGUGGCGACCACGCCGGCGUGCUGAAGGCCAACGCAGACGACCUGGAGACCGCCACGUUCUGGGAGUACUGAGAAGAAACAGAGGAGGAGAAACCAUGGCAACGGGAUGCGGUCGCCUGGCUGCCGUGAUGCUGAUAAAUGAAUAUAGUGCGGCGACCGGCACAGCAGCACUACCCUUCCGUCCAUACAUCUACCUAUGUACAACCCCCACCCCCUGCACACCUGGCAUCCCCUCCCCUUAUAUAAUAUCCUGUACUUAUGACUUUAUAUGUUGAUGAACUGCACAGAGAGAAGAGGAAGGAUAGAAGAAGAGGGAACAAAGCCUCCCUUUCUUUCCUUUAUCCUUCAUUUUCACCUAUCCCUCUCUUUUCCGGCUCUGCUCUGCAGUGUCAACCUUUAUUAUUUGUUGCCAUAGUUACCGUGGGGCUGUGCACUUUUUUUCUGCUCCGAUCUGGUUUGCUGCUCGACUUGUCACUCAUUCCCUCCUCGCCUUAUGAUUGGCCCUCUCCGUCUCGCCCGGCCGGCCGUCCUUUUCCCCAGAGCAGAGCAGAGCCACGUUUGAAGAGCCCCUCCUCUCCCUCUGAGUUAAAGCCCUCCUCGUCUUUCUACUCGUCUCUAUUGUCUGUGUGAGCAGCACGUGGUGGCAGUAUUCAUGGUGUCUGACCUGAUGAGGUACAUGUGUUUCUACCUGAUCUCCAUCUCACUGAACAGAUCAGUUACAGCUGCUUCCUGUUGGCCGAGUCCAAAAAGCGAGCCUGUUUUUGUGUGCUUUGGUGGUCUUGUAGAAACACAUAUCCCCCAGUUUGUUAGACCAGUAUGUUUGUUUCUGGAGCAGGUCUUCUGUCAACGACUAUGUGAUAUAACUGGAGUAGAUCUGAUGAUGUUAAAGAUCUCAAACAAGAUGUAACUGAUGGGUUUACGCACCCUCCUCCUCAUCUCAACUGUAAAAUAUUCCAGUUUCCUGUGUUGUUCUCUAGCUGUGUUCUCAUUGGCUGGCAGGGAGUCUGAAUGUCCUGGACCAAACAGGAUGUAGGAAGUCAAACCCCCACCCCCCACCCCCCAUUCCCCCUCCUCCAAUAGCUAAACCUAUUGUCCAGAGUAUAAAGAAAAUAAAAAUGUAAAAAUAGUGCAGUCACAUGUUUACUGCACACACCUGUCGUACUGGAAGAAAAAAACUUGCAGAAACACAGUUAGAUUAAUUUCUUUUUCUAUGUCCAAGGCACAGACAUUAUCAUGGGUAAGCAAACAUUAGGUAGGUAUAGGUAGCCAUAGCAGCGGUUAGCGAUGGAGUGACAUGAUUUAUAGACCCUUCGAAAGGUGCUUUUUGAGUCCCACGACCAAACUUAAACCUCAGCCUUUAACCAAGACCAAAUCUUUGGAAAAACGUAUCAUCUCACACACACAUCUUAAAAACUGGACCUGGUGCUACUGAUUAAACUCAAAAUCUGUUUAAGAUAAAAACAUCUCAUAUUCUGUCCAACUUUCUGCUGCACACAAAGGAUAGCGACCGUGCCCUUAUCAGCAAAUCUGCUGCUCCUUCACUUAAUUUCUGUCUGAAUGUUGGGCAGUUUCUGUAUUAACAGCCUUCACAAUAUAAACUGGACACAUUUUGUUUUUGUUGGACGUUGCUCUUCCUGACAUGUCAGCAAAGGAAGGGAAGGGAUGAGUUUUGCUAAAUUUGUUGUCUGCUUGACUUAAAUGUUCCAUCUUUUAUGCAGUUUUGUAGCACGCUGAACCCUGACUUCUUUGAUUUUCUGCCCUUCAUCAGCAUACUUUAUUUUUCUGAGCAAUAUCGCUAAAGCUGAUCUUGGCUGUGUAUUAUCGUGCUCUCCCACUCAUCAUGCAUUCCUCAGCAUGGAAAACCAAUCAUUGUCCCAUAAAAUCAUACGUGACAGCUCCUCACAAUGUCCUACACAGUUUUCUCUCUGAAGUUUUGACCGUUUUCUGCACGAAGGCUUGAGAAUCUCUCACCAGUUAAGAAAAAAAAGGAGCGGUUAUCCUUGCAGAAACUGGUCGUCUCCAAGGUGACCGAGGCUUAGACAAAGGGAUGUGGAAGGGUAAACAUGUGGUAAUGACUGUGCCUUACACUUAGUUUUUUGGGGCGUAGGAAAAUAAAAGGAUUUAAAAAAAAGAAAAAAAAAAAAAAGAAAGAAAAGUCCACAUCUUUGCUUUGUAUAACUGGAACUUCCUUUUGUAUUAUUAUUUUGUAUAAUUUUUUUGAUAUUGUGGAUUAAUCUCUCGUGCCAUUGGUUUACCUGAAGUCCAACGACCAAUAAAACUGGGAUUUGGAACGCUA